UGUUUGUGUAUUGUUAGUUAUGGUUUGUAUCCUGUUAAUGCUUUGUAUUAAGGCCUCUAGUAUUGACUGUAUUUUUUCUUCUAUGAUCUUUAUAGUUUUUGUUUUAUAUUCAGGUCUUUCCUCCAUUUUGAGGUUAGUUUUUGUAUAUGGUAAGAGGUUUAGAUGCUGUUUUAUUUUUUUGCAGAUGGAGAUCCAGUGUUGCCAGUACCAUUUGUUAAAAAGACAGUCUUUUCCCCAUUCGAUGGACUUUGGAUCUUCAUCAAAGAUCAGGUGACCACAGGCCCCGGUUUCUGGUGACGGCCCCUGGGAUCAUCAGACCAGGAGGAAAUGUGACUAUUGGAGUGGAGCUUCUGGAACACAGCCCUUCACAGGUCACUGUGAAGGCGGAGGUGUUGAAGAUGGCAUCAAACGUCACUACCCCAGUUCUGGAAGCAGAAGGGGUCUUUGAAAAAGGCUCUUUCAAGACACUCGUUCUUCCAUCACUACCUCUGAACAGUGUAAAUGAGAUUUAUGAACUACGUGUAACUGGUCGUGCUGAAGAUGAGAUUUUAUUCUCUAACACUACGCUCCUAUCAUUUGAGACGAAGAGAAUGUCCGUCUUCAUUCAAACAGACAAGCCCCUAUACAAGCCAAAAGAAGAAGUGAAGUUUCGUGUUCUUACACUCUUCUCAGAUUUCAAGCCUUACAAAACUUCUUUAAGCAUUGUCAUUAAGGACCCCAAAUCAAAUUUGAUCCAACAGUGGCUGUCAGAACAGAAUAAUCUUGGAGUUGUUUCCAAAACUUUUCAGUUGUCUUCCCAUCCAAUACUCGGUGACUGGUCCAUUCAAGUUCAAGUAAAUGACCAGACCUAUUAUCAGUCAUUUCAGGUUUCAGAAUAUGUCUUACCAAAAUUUGAAGUUACUUUGCAGACACCAUUAUAUUGUUCUUUGAAUUCUAAGAGUUUAAAUGGUACCGUCGUGGCAAAGUAUACAUAUGGCAAGCCGGUAAAAGGAGAUGUAACACUUACAUUCUUACCUUUAUCCUUUUGGGGGGUGAAGAAAAAUAUUACAAAAAAUUUUAAGAUAAAUGGAUCUGCAAACUUCUCUUUUAAUGAGGAAGAGAUGAAAAAGGUAAUGGAUUUUUCAGAUGGGCUUUAUGAACACAUGGAUCUUUCUUCCCCUGGGCCAGUAGAAAUUUUAGCCACAGUGACAGAAUCACUUACAGGUAUCUCUAGAAAUGCAAGCUCCAAUGUGUUUUUCAAGCAACAUGAUUAUAUCAUUGAAUUUUUUGAUUAUGUUACUGUCUUGAAGCCGUCUCUCAACUUCACAGCCACUGUGAAGGUAACCCGUUCUGAUGGCAAUCAGCUGACUCUUGAAGAAAGAAGAAAUGAUGUCGUCAUAACAGUAACACAAAGAAACUAUACUGACUAUAGGAGCAGAUGGAAUAGUAGAAGCCAGGAAAUGGGAGCUGUCCAGAUCAUGAAUUUCACUGUCCCCCAAAAUGGAAUCUUUAAGGUUGAAUUCCCAAUCCUGGAUGAUACCAGUGAGCUACAAUUGAAGGGCUAUUUUAUUGAUAGUGUAAGUAGCAUGGAAGUUCAUGGCAUGUUUAAGUCUCCUAGUAAGACAUACAUCCAACUAAAAGCAAGAAAUGAAAAUAUAAAGGUGGGAUCACCUUUUCAGUUGGUGGUUAGUGGCAAUAAGCAAUUCAAGGAGCUGAGCUAUAUGGUAGUAUCCAGAGGACAGUUGGUGGCUGUAGGUAAACAAAAUUCAGCAACCUUCUCUUUAACACCAGAAAAUUCUUGGGCUCCAAGAGCCUGUAUCAUUGUGUUUUAUAUUGAAGAUGAUGGGGAAAUUAUAAAUGAUGUUCUAAAAAUUCCUGUGCAGCUUGCUUUUAAAAAUAAGAUAAAUCUAUUUUGGAGUAAAGCUAAUGCUGAACCAUCUGAGAAAGUUUCUCUUAUGAUCUCUGUGACACAGCCUGACUCACUAGUUGGAAUUGUAGCUGUUGACAAAAGUGUGAAUCUGAUGAAUGCCUCAAACGAUAUUACAAUGGAAAAUGUGGCCCACGAAUUGGAACUUUAUAACACAGGAUAUUACUUAGGCAUGUUCGUGAAUUCUUUUGCAGUCUUUCAGGAAUGUGGCCUCUGGGUAUUGACAGAUGCAAACCUUGUGAAGGAUUACAUUGAUGGUGUUUAUGACAAUCCAGAGGUUGCCGAGAGGUUUGUGGAGGAAAGUGAAGGCUACAUGGUAGAUUUUCAUGACUUUUCUUCGGUUAGCAAUCCACGUGUCAGAAAGCAUUUUCCAGAGACUUGGAUUUGGCUAGACGCCAACAUGGGUUCCAAGAUUUACCAAGAAUUUGAAGUUACUGUGCCUGAUACUAUCACUUCUUGGGCAGCUACUGCUUUUGUGAUCUCUGAGGACCUAGGUCUUGGACUGACAACUGCUCCCGUGGAGCUACGGGCCUUCCAGCCAUUUUUCAUUUUUUUGAACCUUCCCUAUUCCGUUAUCAGAGGUGAAGAAUUUGCUUUGGAAGUAACCAUAUUCAAUUAUUUGAAAGAUGCCACUGAGGUUAAAGUAAUCAUUGAGGAAAGUGACAAAUUUGAUAUUCUAGUGACUUCGAAUGAAGUAAACGCAACAGGAUACCAGCAGACCAUACUGGUUCCAAGUGAGGAUGGGGCGACUCUUCUUUUCCCAGUCAGGCCAACACAUCUGGGAGAAAUCCCCAUCACAGUCACAGCCGUUUCACCUACUGCUUCUGAUGCUCUCACCCAGAAGAUUUUAGUAAAGGCUGAAGGGAUAGAAAAAUCAUAUUCACAGUCCAUCUUAUUAGACUUGACUGACAACAAGCUACGAAACACGCUGAAAACUUUGAGUUUCUCAUUUCCUCCUGAGACAGUGAGUGGUAGUGAAAGAGUUCAGAUCACUGCAAUUGGAGAUAUUCUUGGUCCUUCCAUCAAGGGCUUAGCAUCAUUGAUUAGGAUGCCUUAUGGCUGUGGGGAACAGAACAUGAUAAAUUUUGCUCCAAAUAUUUACGUUUUGGAUUAUUUGACUAAAAAGAAACAACUGACAGACAAUUUAAGAGAAAAAGCCCUUUCAUUUAUGAGGCAAGGUUACCAGAGAGAACUUCUGUAUCAAAGGGAGGAUGGCUCUUUCAGUGCUUUUGGGAAUGACGACCCUUCUGGGAGCACUUGGUUGUCAGCUUUUGUUUUAAAAUGCUUCCUUGAAGCUGAUCCUUACAUAGAUGUUGAUCCGAAUGUAUUACAAAGAACGUACACUUGGCUCCAAGGACGUCAGAAAUCCAACGGUGAAUUUUGGGAGCCAGGAAGAGUGAUCCAUAGUGAGCUUCAAGGUGGCAAUAAAAGUCCUGUAACACUUACAGCCUAUAUUGUGACUUCUCUCCUGGGAUAUAAAAAGUACCAGCCUAAUAUUGAUGUCCAAGAGUCUAUCAACUUUUUGGAGUCUGAAUUCAAUAGAGGAAUUUCAGACAAUUACACUCUAGCUCUUAUAACUUACGCGCUGUCAUCGGUGAGGAGUCCUAAAGCACAGGAAGCUUUGAAUAUGCUGACUCAGAGAGCAGAACAAGAAGGAGGCAUGCAAUUCUGGGUGUCAUCAGUGUCCAAACUUUCUGAAUCUUGGCAGCCGAGCUCUCUGGAUAUUGAAGUUGCAGCUUACGCGCUACUCUCACACUUCUUGCAAUUUCGGGUUCCUGAGGGAAUAGCGAUUAUGAGGUGGUUAAGCAGGCAAAGAAAUAGCUUGGGAGGUUUUGCAUCUACGCAGGACACCAUUGUGGCCUUGAAGGCCCUGUCCGAAUUUGCAGCCCUAAUGAACACAGAAUCGACAGAUAUCCAAGUGACAGUGAUGGGGCCUACUUCACCAAAUCCUGUGAAGUUUCUGAUUGACACGCAGAACCGCUUUCUCCUUCAGUCGGUAGAGCUUCCUGUGGUACAGCCAACUACGGUUAAUAUUUCUGCAAAUGGUUUUGGAUUUGCUAUUUGUCAGCUCAAUGUUAUUUAUAAUGUGAAAAAUUCAGAAUCUUCUAGAAGACGAAGAUCUCUCCAAAAUGAAGAAGCCUUUGAUUUAGAUGUUGCUGUAAAUGAUGAUGAAGAUGAUAUUAACCACUUGAAUCUGAGUGUGUGCACAAGGUAUUUGGGGCCAGCUAGGAGUGGCAUGGCCCUUAUGGAAGUUACCCUACUCAGUGGUUUUGCUGUGCCUUUGGAUGCAAUUCCUCGGAGCGAGAUAAUUAAGAAAGUGGAGCACGAUCAUGGAACAGUCAACCUGUACUUAGAUUCUGUAAAUGAAACCCAGGUUUGUGUUGAUAUUCCUGCUGUGAGAAACUUCAAGGUUUCAAACACCCAAGAUGCUUCGGUGUCCAUAGUGGAUUACUAUGAACCAAGGAGACGAGCGGUGAGAACUUACAACUCCAAAGCGAAGCUGUCCUCUUGUGACCUUUGCGGACAUGUCCAUGGCUGCCACCUUUGCGAGAAAGGAGCUGCAAGCUCCCUUCAUCACUCUUCAGUCAUUCUCGUUUUCUGUUUCAUGCUUCUGUUCUCUUUGCAACGAUGGCUGUGAUUUAUUUCUUAAAGACUGUAUGUCACACUAACAUUUCCAGAAAUCACAUGUGAUUGUUUUGUUUUCAUAAUGAAUAUUGCUUCUGACAGUUUUGAAAAACAUUUGUUUUCUUUAUAUGGGGGUGGGGGAAUGGUGUAUAAUAGGUCCUAGUAUAGGUAGCUGCAUAAGUUUCUUCGUCUGACCUUUGUCUGAAAUCAGAAUCAGAAUUAUUGCAGUUGCGUAUCUUUAUUUCCCCUCCUGAGAUGUUCUGGGAUUUUUUUUUGAGAUGUUUGUUUUCUCCAGAAUAAAAACUCUGUUUUAGAUUAUUCUUUUCAUUUUCUAGAAGCCUAGGUUCUUAAGCAUUAUUAUGUAUCAGUGUUUGCUUUCAUAUUAAAUUUCCUAUUAAAGAUGGAUUCCCUGGGAACUGGGAGAAAACAACCAGAAGGGGGCGCUUGUUCUGUGCUUUCCCAUCUCCGACCUAACCCUGCUCCUCACCCCGCACCUCAGUAUGUACUUUUUAAUUGAGCAUUACUUCUUUCUUUCUGGAAUGUAGAUGGUGAAUUUUUAAAUAAGGUAAAUGGUUUCCACUCCAGAUCUGAUCACAUACCCCCUCCCACUCAAACCUUCUGGAGACAAGAAUGAGAGAGCGAGUGUGUUUUCCUGUGCUUUAUAUGCUGCUCAGGGGUUGAGGAGUGUAAUGAAAACUGUCCUAAGAGGUGCUUGGGGUGCUGCCCUCCCUCUCAGGUCUCCAGCCCCCACAUACCGGCUCUGUUUCAGGGGUGAGAAGCGGAGAGCACCACAACAUAUGUGCCUUAUGAGCUUAGACUGGAAGAUCCUAGACCAGGAGACACACUUUUUGUUAGUAAUGGGGGACUGUAAGCCAGGGCACAAAGAAAUCCUGUAUAAAAUGCAGCAGACUGAUCUGACUGUAGUCUGGGAAAGAAGCUGGGAUGUGAUGGGUAUCAGAGAUUCUUGGUGUAACUUCUGAUGUGAAGUGUUUUAUGGCCUUGGACAGGCUUCCUGUAGAACCCUUUCCAGGCACAGGUGUCUGAGUGUCAGGCUGCCAGCUGCCUCGUGACAUCUGAUGCUGGCUGUGAAUCUGUAAGAAAUUUUGAAUUUUGAGCACCUGGGUCAUUGGUUAUCCUGUAUUCUGAAGGAUAAUAUUCAUUUUUCUGGGUUAAAAUUUUAAAGAAAAGUCCCUCCUCCCUCCCUCCU